CAGGGGGAACUCGAAGAGAGAGGGGGAGGAGGAGGAGGAGGAGGAGAAGAAGGAUUGAUAAAACGAGAGCGGUUGUCCCUGUGUAAUACUUACGCACUGCAAGUCUCUGAGGCGAGAGCGAUAAAGGGGAGCGGGCUUUCCAUUCAUGUUCAGCGCAGGCAACUUUUCUGUUUGAAUGUGUGGCGCGGGUCCGUUCACCACAUAACAGACACUUUAUAGUUCUUUGACAUUGAAAUACAACAAGACACCAACACAUCUGCAGCUUUACGAGACCUCAGAGUUGGGACAUUUCUUACAAGGACUUUUCAAGAGUAUUUCUUUUUUUUCCACCAGCCGCGUGGUGUGGGAUUUUGAGCUGAAACGGGACUUUGUCAAAUGCAAAAGUACGUGUAUGAGAAAGCUAUGGCCCAAGAGACAAGGAACGGAGGAACCUCUACGUUAAAUAACAACAAUGGUGUUGACAACAGCAAGAAGAAGCUGCUAAUAGCGCUCGACAUCUUCUGCCUUCUACUUGCUAGCCUGCCUUUCCUGAUCAUUGAGACUAGCACCAUAAAGUCGUACCAACGCGGGUUUUACUGUUCGGACGAGUCCAUCCGCUUCCCCCGAAAAGAGGGAGACACCAUAAGUGACGCUGUGCUUUGUGGUGUUGGCAUUCUUAUUGCCAUCGUCUCCAUUGUGAUUGGAGAAUGCUUCAGGAUUCACCAGCUACAUGAAGGAACCAAGUCUUUCAUUGGGAAUCCAUAUGUUGCAGCUCUCUAUAAACAGAUGGGAGUGUUUCUCUUCGGUUGUGCCGUCAGCCAGUCGUUCACAGACAUCGCUAAGGUGUCAGUGGGUCGCAUGAGACCCCACUUCAUAGACGUGUGUAGACCAGAUUUCUCCACCAUCAACUGCUCCCUGGGGUACAUCACUAACUACACCUGCACUGGUGAUGAGAGCGACGUUCAGGAGGCCAGGAAAUCCUUCUUCUCAGGACACGCAUCUUUUUCAAUGUUCACCAUGCUCUAUCUGGCUUUCUAUCUUCAGUCCAGGUUUACAUGGCGCGGCGCUCGCCUCCUCCGCCCGCUGCUCCAGUUCACCAUGCUGAUGAUGGCGUUUUACACCGGCCUAUCACGUGUCUCUGACCACAAGCAUCACCCGACCGAUGUCCUUGCAGGCUUUGUGCAGGGAGCCCUGGUGGCCUACUGCAUAGUGUUCUACGUGUCAGAUCUGUUCAAGCCCCGGGUGAAGCCGGCCACGCCCCCACCCUCCCCGAUCAAGAAGGAGCUGCUGCCUUCGUCCGACAUCAUCGAGAGGAACAACCACCACAACAUGGUGUGAGAGAAGCCACGUCUCUUUCCUGUGACCGAGGAGCCAAUCACAGUGCUGCUCGUCUCCCAUCGGACAGUAGAAUGUAGCGACGAGAGACUGUAGCUGCUUCUCAAAUGGCAUCCUCCUCCUCCUCCUCCUCCCCCCCCUUUUGAAGUACCUUGCCAGUCGCCUUGUGGGCUAGGGUGUCAGAUUUGAGAAUUGCACAGCAGAGACCACUCUCACUUUUCAGACUUUUUAUUGUUUUUAUUUACUAUUUUACGUUAACUACUAAUCAACAUGUGAGCCCAUUGUUUUGAGCACAAACACAAACGAAUUGGAAGGUUAGACGACAAAAUGAAUUCAUGAUUUGAUUACUUGACAGGCAGAGUUGAGGGUGCGGAGGUUUGACAGAGGUGGAACCACACAAAGGGAUAAACCCUUGUGAAGAAAACAAAGAAAACAGACAAAAUGAAGAAAAAAAAAGACAAACCCCUGCCUAUAGGGAGGGGAGGGAGUCUCAGUGAUGCCUCCUCUCGGAACUCUCUGUGGCCUUGGAACACCAUAGGACAACAACUUCCUUAGCUACGGGAAGGAUAUUACUGCAAUAAAUAGCAGCAUAGACAUAUUUACAUUAUAGAGAAGUAUAACUUAUAGCACUGUUUUAACGUCUGUUGUCCAUUAUCACCACUUGCUGCCUGUGAUGUCCGACUGAAAGAAAGUUUGAUGAUGCUGAUGUCCACGAGACAGAAAUACUGACCCCUAGAACCAGAGCUUGGAUCGAUCAUCUCAUGAGACGUCAUACCCAGAUAAAGUUAGCACAGCAUGGCUUCAAUAACAGUGAAUGUUUUCCUGUAGGCUCCUGCAAGCGUCAUACACUUGUGUUUUAAGGCCUUUAUAACAUAUUUCAGGGCAGGUCUUUGGGUGUCUCAUGUACUUCUCUCUCCAGAUUCAGCACGUCAAGGUUUUCUUUGCAGUGGACUGUCAGUGCAGCCUAAACCCGGGAUGUUGCAUUUCUUGAGGGUUAGAUGUAGUAAAGCAGGGACAAGUUCUGUGGAAGGAGGGAGACAGAUGCCACAACCCUCCCAGCCUCAGCACCUGUACAGGAGGCGUGGCUGUGCCAUGCCAGUCUCUCGUGCUGGGGCCAUCUGUUUAUCUUCCUUCACAGGGUAGAGAAUGGGUGGGCAGGGUGAAGGGGCGUGGUCUGUCGCCUUGGCAGAGGGUGAUGAUUUACAGCUAAGCUGGCACAUUAUUUCGGGAUGAUUGAGCCUCUUUCUGCUGGCAGGGAGGGGCUUCUCACCCACCCAAUCACUCAUUGGCAAUAGAUGUUUUUUGUGGGUGUGUGUGUGUGUGUGUGUGUGUGUGUGUUAUCUGUACACACACACACACUGUGUGUUACACUUGUGCUUGUACAUGGACAUUGUGUGUUUAAAUAUGUAUGAGCGCUGCGCCCUGUGAAAAGAACCCUCUUGAUGAACUGUGUGUCAAAUGAAGCACACACUGUCAGCUGUGCCAUGUGUGUGUGUUUUUGUGUGUGUGUGUGUGUGUGUGUGUGUCAGAGAGUGAGAGAGCAGGUGAAUGUGUCAGAAACUGUGGAAUUAAUAUUUUUAUUCUCUGCUAAAAGAAAAAAACGAAACAAAAAAACAUCUUUGACCUUGUAUGUUUAUAGCCAUGUUAUGUAUAAUCACUAUCAGUUGUACAGAACCACAACCACAAGCCCUUGUUUAUUUUCCGGCUUCUCAAGAACCCUCCUCCAAAAAGACACUCCGCCAUGUUGCACAUCUUUCUCGCCGUAUAGUCCGUCCUAUCAUUUCACAAAGCCGUUUUGACUCUCGCUCUCUCUUUUUUUUUAUAAAUAUAUAAAUAAUGUAUAGAUUACUAAAAUUAACUUGUAAGAUAUUUGUUAAACAUGUUUAGAUAUAUCCACUAUGAUUACAGACCUGUGUUCUUUAUGAAAAUGCUGCUUAAAAAGCAUCGAUUGACAGAUUUUUGUAUCUAGGUAACUGAACUAUUGUAGAGUGUUAUAGUUACAUUUGUAAUAUGCAUUCACAAAAAGUACAUCCACAAUUGUGUAUUAAAAUUCAAUAUUAGUAUUUUUGUAUUGUCCUGUGCUUUUGUACAAAAGAAAUUGAAGCAAUGCUGUUUUUCUUUUCUGCAAAAUGUACUAAGCUGUAAUACAUGUGCUUUUAAAUAAAAAAGCUCAUUAUGAACACA